UCUACUUGGAUUUGUUUCAUUUUACUUGCUCUGCUCAAAUUCUGCCACUUCAAUGUGAUUUGUUUAGCGCGUCUCUAGCAUGAAAUAAGACCUGCUGUGUGCGAGGCAGGGUCGAACUUUGACCCUGAAAGGACUGCGAGAGAGGGAGAGAGAGUUGCCGACCUUGUGCACUCGCCAACAGGUAGCACGAGUAUCUACUGGCUAGGAGCACCAGUGCAGCAGCAGGCGUUUGGAGGAGUGGGAGGCUCGAAGCCAUAAUGGCCAGGAAGGAGUGCUUCGUCCUGCUUUUGUUGGCGGUUCUGCGCUGGACGCCGGUGGUCCACACACAGUCGAUGGAGAAAUUCCCACAGCCCCACACCGGCGCUCCGGUUGGCAAGCCCAUAACUGCUACGAAGACCUGCGGAGUUGCGGCGAAUGGGCAGCUCGUUACGGACACGCUUUGUCCCAUGUCAAUAAUGGCAGCCGGCGGGGAUGGUAGCGGACUCUUCUGCUUCAACUGCUCUGGCGGGGAGAACACCUACUCUAUUCUGAACGCCGCAGAUGAAGACAGUGAUACGUUUUGGGCAUCUCCACCGCUGCCAACGGAUGUUGCCUCUCAGAGCGUCAACAUCACCAUUGACUUGUGUCAGGAAUAUUCUAUCGUCUCUAUUGGACUGGGGUCUGGGCCGACACUUCGCCCAAGCGCAUGGGCACUGGAACGCUCAAGCGACUUUGGAAGCACCUACUCACCGUGGGGAUACUAUGUGGAAUAUGAAAGCGACUGUCAAGCCGUUUUUGGUGUCUCGCCCAGCACUGAUGGGGUGGCAACUGAGGACAACUCUGUUCUGUGCUUACCAGAGAGUUUGCUGACGAAACCGGACGACUCAGUCGUGCAUGCCAACGUUUUAGAGAAGCGACCCGGUUUGCAAGGACAAGCUCCAGCAUCACGUGCUCUAUCGCUUGCGAACUGGGCACGGGCUACAAAUAUUCGCCUUCGCUUCCUCCGUUGGGCUGGUGCAGAAGAAGAUGGAACCGGCGAUGCCAGUGGAAUAGUUGGUAACUUCUACUCCAUCGCUCAAAUCAAUUUUACGGGAAGCUGCGAAUGCAAUGGACAUGCAGAAAGCUGUGAUAAUCAACGUAUUAGUUCUCCUGUGGAGGGCUAUUCCUGUUCGAGCAAGUAUGUUUGCCAGUGCGAGCACAACACUUGUGGCGAUUCGUGCCAGUCAUGCUGUCCAGGGUUUCAGCAGAGAGAAUGGAGGAUAAGUACCGACAGUGAUCCGUUCAGAUGUGAAGCAUGCCAGUGCUUUGGGCACAGCUCCACAUGUUCUUACAACGCCACUGUCAAUGAACUGGGACUUAGCAUGGACAUACAUGGCCAGCGGAGUGGUGGAGGUGUAUGCAGUAACUGUGCCAACAACACAUCUGGUGUAAACUGCGAGCGUUGUCAACCAGGGUUCUACCGACCGGAAGGAGAAAGUCCACAUAGAGCAUGCAUCGCAUGCAGCUGUGAUGCAACAGGAUCGAUUGGACAGUGCAAUCCAGAGAAUGGAAAAUGCCAGUGCAAGUCUAACGUAGCCGGCGAUCGUUGUGACCGCUGCAAACCAGGCUACUACUCCUUUGGCAGUCACUCCACAGCAGUGUGUCAGGCAUGCGAGUGUCAUCCAGACCGGACAAUUGGGCGCAUUCUGACCUGCAAUCAGGAAACUGGCCAGUGUUUUUGCAAGGACUACUUGAAUGGGAGGACGUGCAGUGGCUGUGCACACGGCACUUACCAGUCCAAUAGUACUGGCAGUAUUGAAUGCCUAGCAUGUGACUGUGGAGCAUCUCUAACUACUGCAGCUGGUUGUUCUGCCGUGGGACAAUGCCAGUGUCGGCCAGGCUUCACAGGCAGACAAUGUGACCAAGUCAUUGAAGGCGCUUUCUUGCCAGGUCCUAGGUUUGUUAGAGCUGAGUUUGAGUACAGUAACGUCUCUGUGAAGGGUAGCCGACAGGAUGAGCUGCCUGGAUACUCUGGUGAAGGCUACGGCGUGUUUGAGAAUGAGAUGCAAGCCACCGUUCUUGUCGCGAGUGGAGAUGGGGUGAAGUUCCUUCUGGCCCGCUAUGCAACAAAUGCAUCAAACCCCAGACUGCUGAUCACUUUGCAAGACAGUAGUGGACACACGGAGCAAGAAGAGCUAAUUUUGCAUCGUCAUCUUAACAUAGGGGUCUCUUCAAGGAUACUCCGGCUCUUGUCGUCCGGGGAAGUCAGCGUCACUGUCUAUGCCCAUGACUUGGAGCCUGGGGAGAAGCUUCUCCUGGACUACAUAUCAAUCAUACCCUUUUGGCUGAGAAGCGCAGAUCCACAGGAAUUUGACGUGCCAGAGUAUUGCAGUGCGGACACUCCUGCUGACAGGUUUUGCCAGAGGCGUGUUUUCAAUGAUGCUUUCUCGUUUGUGACACGAGCUGUUGGAUCAGCUGUUCCAGGAGUCCUAGCGGGGCGCGAUGUCGCUGCCAUCACUCCCAGUACACAUGCGGAAUUCCCUUUAUCCGAUGACCGGAAAGGAAAGCGUUUUGUCCUAGUCAUUGAGUAUUUCACAGCAGCUUCUGCUCCUCUAGAGCUGAAUGUCACCAUAAGAAAUGAGAUCGGAACAAUCAUUGACACGACGGGUACCAUCCAGAUACAAGAGUGUCAGUAUGUGUUUGGCUGCCGGCAGGUGCUUGGAAUGAACGGAUAUCCAUACAUGGCAUCUCUUCCUCUCACUGGCCAGCUCACUGCUCAACUCUCAGUGCUGCAAACUGACUCACUCCCAGCCACCGUCUAUGUGGCCUCUGUGAUCUUGAUCGGAGAGAAUGAUUGGUCUGUGGAGCUCCUGAAAUCGGAGGUUCUGUGCAUCCGGUACCAGGGAGACUGCUUACCGCCAGUCCCACCAUCCAUCUCCCAAUUUUCAACUACUGUGGACUUGAUAGAUGCGUCACCGUCUGUGAUACCUGAUGCAAUGGGAAGGAGCCAGCCAUUGGCAUUUGUCGGCGAUGAAAGUGACUAUGCUUUAGUGUCCAGUGAAGGAGCUGUUGUCACAAUCAGUCUACCCUUCAGUACCGGUGAUCUGUACUCAGUGAUGCUGCACUACCGACUACACAGUGUCUAUGGAGGGAACCCAUUCCUUGUGAAUAUCACCGUUGGACCGACCACAUCAACGUAUGUCAUCCCAUUUUGCCCAUCACACACCGGAUGCCUGGUUGGCAAAGAAGGAUUCUUGUUUCCAAUCACUCCCGACAUGACAUCGCUUACAAUAACUCCUAUCCCCACCGGAUCUGUUCUCAUUAAAGCAAUCGUGUUUGUAGAAGAAAUCUCCCAGCCCACCCAAGGCUUGGACGUAGCAGUGCCUCAGGUUGAUAAGCGACUAGAGUUCGAUGAUCAAUGCAUCAAUGAAGAGUACUCAUUCAGUACAUCAUCUGACUUAUGCCGCCGAGGCAGUAUUAGCCACAGAGUGCAAGUAUAUCGAGAACCACAAGAUUGCGGCUGUGACGCGGACGGCUCUCUGAAUAGCACGUCCUGUGCCAGUGUCAGUGGACAGUGCAGCUGCAAACCGGGCGUUACUGGUCGUCAGUGUGACCGCUGCAAGCUGGUACACUUUGGAUUUCCUAACUGCCAACCCUGCAACUGUGUAGAUGGCGGCGAGUGCCACCCAACUCUUGGACAAUGCACUUGUCCUGUGAACACAAUAACACGCACAUGCCGCCAGUGUGUUGCUGGUACUUGGUCGACAGAUUUGACGCAAGGAUGUCAGGCUUGCAACUGCAGCACUUCUGGUUCACAGUCUCAGUCCUGCAAUGCUAGCACCGGUGCUUGUCCGUGCUUGCCCGGUUAUGGCGGCCAGACAUGCAAUGAAUGCGCUGACGAGUAUACUGGCCACCCAGCAUGUAGAGCGUGCAACUGUGCUGCAGGCAGUGGUCACAAUGUCUGCUCCAAGACGACUGGAGACUGUGUGUGCAAAGCAAGAGUACGUGGCCCACUGUGUGAUGUCUGUAUGGAUGGAUACUUCAAUCUUGUUGAGUCUAAUGCCGAGGGGUGUACUGACUGUGCGUGUGAUGCAGUUGGCACGGUGGAGAGCAUGCCGUGUGACAAGACAAGCGGGCAGUGUGUCUGCAAGAGCAAUGUAACUGGAACCACCUGUGAUGAAUGCGAGGAGUUCACGUACAGAUUAGAGACUGGUGAAUGUGGCCCGUGCACAUGUGAUGUUGUUGGAUCGGUGACGCAACAAUGCGAUGUCAACACGGCGCAUUGUGACUGCAAGCCACACGUGGUAGGAGACCACUGCGACCGCUGUGCUCCGGGUUUCUGGAACCUUGCAGAGCACGGCUGCCAACCAUGCAACUGUACUGAGAAAUGGUCAGUGGAUGGCACUUGUGACCAGACAACUGGUGACUGCCUGUGCAAACAGGCUGUUGUGGGGCAGUUCUGCCAAGCCUGCCAAGCGCGGCAUGUACCAAAUGGAGAGGAGGGCUGUGUUGCAUGUGAUGAGUGCACUGAUUCGCUGUUCGAUGAGAUUACGGUCAUGAGAGCCAUGCUAUUAGAGGUAACCAAUGACUCCAGCUACUUUGACGCUCUGGCUGCUGCACGCACACAACUGGACAACCUGACCGAUGCUGCAAGAAGGAACAAUAUGCGCCGCUCAACAUUGCAGUCUUUUGUCAUUGCCGCGUAUGCACUGCUGGGCUAUGACGUCACUCCCAGGAUGGAUGACAUCAUGGCUGGACCAGGAGUGGAUGUGUCAGGAUCUGGUUUUGGACUAUCAGGGUCGGGGAUGGAAUCAGAUAUGCCCACACGCGAUAAUUUUACUCAGGAUAACUCUGCCGCAUCAAAGCUGGAUGAAUUGUCUUCUCUUGUGAGCAAUCAACUCGUCGCCAAAGUGCUUGAUCUAGCCAGUGUUGCUGCCAGCCUGCAGAGAGAAGUGGAUGAAACGGAUGAGGUGCAUCGCUCAACCGUCGACCAUGCAACUGACGUGCUUCGCAGAGCUGACCGUAUGAUCGAACGUCUGUACUUUGCCAUUACCAUGCUUAUUCGGACCAAUGUCCGUCAUGGCCAGGAUCUAUCAUCUGCUCGCAAGAUGCAGGAAGAGAUUCGUUUGAAUAGCGAUGAGAUCUCCGAAUCGCUGGAGGAAAUCAACGAAGCACGGGAACUUGUCACCGAGUUGAACACCAUUUCUGUCAGAGAGCAAGGUCGCAAUGACAACCAUACGGUUGCGAUCCGCACAAGUCAAGACGAAGUGCGGUCACUAGCUACGCUGGUCGAGGCAUUGCGCAAUGCCACUCAAGGCACACGGCGGAUCACAGGGCGAGCUCAGCGGCGCAUUGACAAUGCUCGCGCCAGUCACGACAGGUCAUCGCAACUCGUUGUGAAUGCGUCCGAGCAACUACAAAAUAUCCUGGCUGAUGUGCAACAAUUGGCUGUGAUCAUCUCUGGCUCUCUUGAAUCUGUGGCCAAUGCAACCAGUGAUGUUGACGCGACUAAUGAUGCCAUUGAAGCGAUACGAGCCGCCACUGAAAGCCUUGUUAGGAUCGUGGAAAAGUCCCAGAAUGAUUCCAAUUUCAUCCAAACUGAGCUGACGUCAAUCAAAACCAGUCUGAACAGGCUCAUUCAAGAUCUGGACAGCUCAGAAACUGCCUUUGAGACUGUAGUAACUACGGGCAACAGAUCCGCAGCUGCAGCAACAGCUUACAGAGAUAUCACACAGCUGAUUGCUUCAGCACUUAGCAAUGCCUCUGAUGCUCUUCAGGCUGCCAACACGACGCUGAGACUGGCACGCAAUCAAACACUGCAAGGUAUGCCAGAGCGUGCCAGGAUGGCCAAUGAAGCAUCGGAGGCCAUAGAGCAGCUGCUAGAGGAACUCACGAGGCGGUUCGAGGAUUCUGCCUCGCAGCUUGCAAUGAUUGCAAGUCUGCUAGAAGCCGAACAAGGCGUACACAACUCCACGGUUGACAGGCAUACGUCUGGGUUGGAGCGGCAGACCGAGGUGGCAAACUCUGAUCCAUCUAGCCGAAUCACACCAAUGCAAGACGGUGCUGAUGGAAUAAACGAAACCAUCUUGAUGAGUGACAGAAGUAUCCGCAAUACAGAGGAGAACAUCACGAGACUCGGAGAGCAUUCAGAUAGGAUCCAGAGGGACCUCAAUACCAUUGACAGGAGCAACAACCAUGUUAAAGAUGUCUUGGAUGGCUUGGACACCGAGCCCACGGAGAACACUAUCAGGGAUUCCGAUACAAACAUCGUUGACUUGAAAGGCCGAGCGAAGGCCAUCAUGAAUCGCUUGGCUGGAAUGCAGGAGAAGAUCUCUUGGGCGCAAAGCAAGCUUGCUAAUUUCCCCGGUGCUGUCAAGCUAUCCACCGCAGAGGAAAGUCAAGAGACUGGAUCAGCUCUGGAAUUGUCUCUGAGUUCUGAUGUGCGUGAAAGCUAUGCCCCGUACACGGCUGUACGUUUCUCCAUGAAUGCUGAAGCCAAGCAAGGUAGUACCCUUGCUGAUGGUCUUCUCUUCUACCUCGGUCCAGUGAUGGAGGAACCUGCUGAUGCAAUGGCAGAAGGUGAAGCACAGCAAGACUGGAUUGACUCCAUUCGAGUGUUUGCCAAUGCUGGAACACUUGGUGCUACCGUCCGAGGUGGCUAUCCACAUGAAACCAGCACGGUAUCCUUCUCCCUUGUUCAACCGAAUGGUCAGCUGUUCCAAUUGUCGGCCGGCCAGUGGUAUCAGAUCAACAUUACAAGAUUAGGUAACUGGGAUAUCCGUGCGGAUGUUGGUAUACCGCUGACUUCAUCAACCAGUACCAUGCUCACGGAUACACAGCCAUUGACAAACGUGGCGAACGAGAAGUUUGACCUUCGCCGCGCUCGGUUCUUCCUCGGCGGCUUGCUGGAUAGUGUGGUUGAUAAGUUACCAUCAGCAACAGGCACACCAGUGCACAGUGUUGCAGGAUGUUACAAUGAAGUGUUUAUCAACAGUCAACCAAUGGGUGUGUGGAAUGCGUCCACGUCAGCGUUUAGCAAGUCAGGAGGAACGACCCCCGAGGAGCACACAUGCCAGUCCUGUAUAAGCAGUGGUGCUGACUACUGCAGAAGAUCUCGCUCGGGAAGCUUGUCUCCAGCCACACUGAACACAGACGGUGGUAGCUAUGUCAACAUCCAGAAUAUUCUGACAAGGGGUGGUCAGAAUGCAGUGCGAAUGCCGUUCAAAACACCCACAGAGGAUGGACUUAUUGCGUCUUUCUGCGCGGAGUCGAGCAAUGACAGUAUUGUGAUCUUCUUGGAGAACGGUCAGCUGAACUUUCACGUCGUGAAGGAUAGAGAAGUUGUUUGGUUGCAGACUAUUUCCCGGGUCAACCGUGACACCAAUGUCAAGCUGCACUUCUCAGACAAUGUUCGCUACGUACUGCAGCUCCGUCAGCAGAUAAACCCUCAAAACGGCCUACCGCUGGUGGUUUUCCAGAUUUCACAAGGAGCAGAAUUUCCUGUCACCAAUAUCUACAGGGGUGGGGUGGACACACCUCGGAGUUUCUAUCUUGGAGGACUGCCGUUAGGUGCACCUGACUAUUGCAGAUCUGGACAUGGAAUUGGUGGGUUUAAGGGCUGUCUGUCUGACCCAGUAGUCAACGCAGGCCCAUUGAAUCUAGCCGUAAACCCAGUCGACCGUAUCUACUCCGGCGUUUCGUUCGACAGAUGUGCAAAGAAUACACAGGCGUUCCGUCCCUGUGCUCAACUUGAUGGGGAGUUUCUGACCGCAGGUGGAGCUCAGACAACUGCAUUCCUUCUGUUCCGGCAGAUUGGAGAAAGGCCAGGGUUUCUGCAUUACUUUACGUCACGAGUGCGGAUUGCGUUCAACGUCAAGACGAAUCAGAGGGAUGUUGUACUGCUCUUUGCAACUCAAGAUGGGCAGCGAAUUAGCAGUGGUCAAAUUGACACAUUCCUCCAUCUCUCCCUGGCGUCGGGGCAGCUGAUUGUGGAGAUGAGUGGACUUGACGCUGGCGGCAUUGAUCGGUUCCGUGCAUCAAGCACGGCCAGGUUUGAUGACGAUGAACUGCAUCAGGUCCUGCUAACACAUGAUAUCUAUACCGAUGGCAAUGGAGAGUAUUCCCUUUUGAACAUAUUGGUUGAUCACCAGCAAGUUAUUGGAACCAGGUUGACCGGCCUCAGGCGCAACUGGAUGAAUUCAGUCAACUCCUUCCUGGCUAUAGGCGGAAUCCCAAGAAGCAUCGGAAGCCGUGUUAGAAUCUCACCCCAGUUCUCCCUGAAGGGCUGUGUCUGCGAUCUCACCAUCAAUGACAGGAUCUUCAACUUUGCUGAUGCCUUCCAGAAGAACAGUUUGGUUUCCUAUACGUCAUGUAAAGUUCGAGAUAUCCUUCGCCGCAUUCCUGCACCACUGCCAGUGGCUACCGCUGGUCCUCCGACCACACCGCCACCGAAUUGUCCCGCCGUCACAGCAGAGUAUGACAGCGACUGUUUGGGCUUCUCCCCGUCCAGUCUCUAUUCCUACGACAUCAAUUCCCGCUCACUUCUGAGAACUGGCAUGGACAUCACAUUCAGGUUCCGAACACGCCUGGACAACACUGUGCUCCUCUAUGCCUCGAGUGCGAAUGGCUACCGCUUCUUCAGCCUGUCCAUUCUCAAUGGGCGACUGCACUUCCACAUCGAUUCCAGUGGCUCAGUGGAUUUGGACGAAUCGAUCAUCACUCCACCAGCAGGUGUUAGCUAUACGGAUGGCCAAUGGCAUACGGCUCGGAUUGAGCGACGUGGAUCAGUGUACCGUGUCGAAGCCGAUCGCACGACAGAGAAUGCAGUUUCAGAGAAUGGAGAGACGCGGAGGAGCACUCUGCCACUAGACGGUCAGGUCUACUUUGGCUCCCUUCCUGAGAAUCCAGUGGAGAACCGCCUGGCCGGAAGUGGCUUGCGAAAGUUUGUUGGAUCGCUGGACGAUAUCACAUUCGUAAUGAACAACGGGGACAAUUUCCUAACGCCUGAAAGGCUUGUGUCCAAGACGAAUGUAAUUGAUGGGUGCUAUGAGAACAUGGCCAAUGUGGAGCGACCAGCGCAUGGCUACCCCAUGGAGCCGGGAGUGCUUGCAUACACUCAAUUGCAUGGUCUGAGCGGAUACAAUGUUUCGUCCGAGUUGAAUGUCCAUUUGGAGUUGUCUACUCGACAGGGAUUCGGUGCGCUAUUUUCCUGGCACGCCGUCACAGGUGCACACCUACUGUUGAGCCUGGUUGAUGGACAGGUCCAUUUGGCUUUCCUGACUGCUGGCUCGACCGAUGCAAGCACAGUGACACACCCUCUGCCCGUCUGCACGGGAAAAUUCUACAAUGUGGGAAUCAAGGUGACCGCUACAGAACUUGAGUUGACGGUGGGAGAGGUGAAUGGCCAGAGCACAAUGCAGUCAGCGUCCUGGCAAGCACCAGCUGCUUUGAAUAUGCAAACUACGGCAUUCAUCGGUUAUGUUGAUCCCGGUCAAGCAGAUGCCGGUACAUACACAGCAUUCAAUGGAUGUCUACGUGAUGUUGACGUGGGCACUACACGGUACUCACCCGCAGCACCCAGUGCCACUACUACACAGACCAACGUCAAUCAGGGAAGUUGCCAUAUCCUGGAGUAGUCGGGAGUGACAGGCCCCGCGUGGCAAUGAAAGAUUCAUGCUGUGACGUUCCAACCCUAGCUUAGCUUACUUUUGCAUUUCUUGUCCACUAGAAUGUUUUUGUUCACACUCAGCAUGUUCCCUUUCCUGCUUACAUAGCUAUACUUUUACCAGACAUUCUUCUUACCAAUGAGUUCUAGCCCACUAAAUCCCUUUGUUAUCUUUUCACCAUUGCAAUUAGGGUAGAAAACAUCACUGAUCAUUGCUUUGGAAAAUAAAUUAAAACUCUCACCUUCA